AUGCUCCUGGACAAUGCAAUUCUCCCUUGGAAAGGUGCAGAAGGCACAGACACCAUCAGCAUCCCCAUCACCACCAACACAACACCAGAUGUACCCCCUCCCACUUUGUCUGCCCCUCCCUCUUCCCCUCCUCCUGCCCCUCCCUCUUCCCCUCCUCCUCCCUCUUCCCCUCCCCCUCAUGCCUCCACCCCAAUGGCAAAAAUCGAGGACCCUGCGAGCUCAGCAACCCCCCCGCUUCUUGUUGUGUCAUUGGCUUCAAGCAAUGGGCUGCUGAACACCAAGCACAUGAAUGCAAAGCAUGCAAAUGUGAGCAAGCCUAAGAGGGCCUUGCUGUCACCGUCACUGUCUGCAUCACCACCAUCACCAUCACCAUUGCCGUUCCUGCUGCCCACACAGCCGCCAGCAUGGGGCAUUGGAUUUUUGGUUGUGAAUGCUGCCAUGGCCUAG